AUGUUAGCCAAAGCAGCGUUCCCUGCACUCUUCUUCACCUUGGCAGGAUUCAUCCUCCUUCUCCUCGUCACGCUGUCCGUCCCAAUCAUCAAAACCAUUUAUCUCCUACAAGUAAGAUUCGAUAGAAGUGGUACAACCGGAAGUACCUCGUUGGGUGCGAAUGCUGGUGUCUUCGGGCUAUGUUACCAGGGUGGUCAAGCGAGUUUUCUCGGUUUCGAUUACUCCUCCAAUGCAGCAUGUACCGACCCAGCAGUAGGCUAUACGUUCGAUGAGAACUUUCUAGGAUUAGAUAACAGUGGAUUAUCCAGAGCUGUCAUCAAAGGUUUAGCCGGAUCAUUGAUCCUCAAUGCGAUUGCCGCUGGGUUUGCAGGAUUGAGUUUGGUCUGGUCGUUCUUUGCUUGGUUGUGCGCCAGUAGGGGUUGGGAUAUUUUCACGUUCAUUUCGCUGUUCUUCUCAGUCCUCACGGCUUGGCUCGCAUGGGCGUUGGAUCUCGCAUUGGCUCUGGUAGCGAGACACCGGAUCGAGGAUGCUUCGGAUGAUGUUCUGGAUGCCAGGAUCGGUAAUGGUGUAUGGUUGGCCUUGGGUGGUGCGGUCGCUGUUACCUUAGCACUCUGUUUCGCCGGUUGUGGGAUGUUCGGAAGAUAUAGAUCGGACAGAGUUGUUCAACAGAAACCAGUUGGAUAUAGACGACGGCACUUCUGGCAAAGAAAUCAUGCGGGAAGAGGCACUUACUAA